UCAUUCGGUGUGCCCCUGGUCCUCGCGACGAACCGAUCAUCCCCCCAACGUUUACGCACUGCGAAUUAGAUUAGUCGCGAACGCGGAGGACACGUUUUCCGUCGGGACAUCCUCUAUCGGUCAGUGAAAAGGUUCCGUCGAUUAUCGAUAAUUCCAGCGUUUACGCAUUCCUCCUGAUUCACGAUCGAGUGGGUCGCGCGUCCCGAGGAGAUCACGUCGUUGGGCAGAAUCGUCAGGGUCGUCCGUCGUCGACGACCGUCCUGGAUAGGAAACGGAAGAAGAGCGCCGACAUGUCGGCCUUGAACGUCGGGCCUUGUCGACCCGGGAUUAUAUUCUGUCUGAUUGUUCUACUGGCAUCGCAAUCUAAUUCUGCGCCAGUAUACGACCACGAUACCACACAAGUUGCAGAAUACAAUGGAGCCUCGACAGGAUGCUACUACAACUUCCAGCGUUACGACGAGGGCGACAGAAUCGUCACGAACGAACCGUGCCUGAACUGUACGUGUCACAAUCGGAUGCUGAUGUGCUACCUGAGGGUCUGCCCAUUCACGAAAGCGAUCGGCCAGGACUGUACCGUGGAGAAACGGCCGGACCAAUGCUGCCCCGUCAUCACUUGUCCGGAAGUGCCGGUGCAGCUGUUGACGUCGACGACCACCGCGCCGGCGGAGAUUUCCGGCUCCACGGCGGUCGGUUUCCACGACAAUUACGGCUGCAACGUUCACGAACGAUUCUACGCGGAUGGCGCGCAACUGCCGGUCGAUCCGCAAAAUCCUUGCGAGCUCUGUUAUUGCAUCAGGAACAGGACUACUUGCGUUAUGCAGGAGUGCACUCUCCGAGUAGCCGGAUGCAGGCCAGUUUAUCAACCCGGCGUGUGUUGUCCGGUCAAAUACAAUUGCGAAUACGACGAGGACCUUGCAACGACGGUUGAACCAACACCUGGCCUGAUCAUGACCACGACGGUAGCACCCGGAGCGACGCCGCAAUGUUACCACGAAGGAAAGGUUUACGAGGAUGGUGAUUUGAUCUAUUCGAAGCAGCCUUGCCAGCACUGCUACUGCUUCCGCGGUGACAUUGCCUGCGCUGUACAGAACUGUGGAACGCCCAUGAAGACGCACGGAAAGAACUGCACCGCUUUGCCACCGCCGGAAGGCAAAUGUUGCCCAACCACGUAUCAAUGCGAAGAAGACGAAGUUAUAACGCUACCAAGAGGCGAGGAGCAAUCCACCGAGGAAGAAAUUCUCGAGACUACGGUAUCGGCGGUGACGGAGGCCGAGAAGGAACUUCCUGGUCCUGAAACGACCGACGAGACCUUCCCAGGUUUCGACAACGCGAUCCCGGGAGACGGCAAAGAAGAAAGCAGUACCCAAGGUGUCAUGGAGACCGUAUCGCCCACGGAGAAGCUUGAGAAAGAAACGCCACAAGAAGAGAAAGCUCCAGAGUUUGAAACCACUGAAAAGGAAACUGCCGUUUCGGAGGAAUAUGUGACAGAGGGUCUUCCUUCCGCAACGGAACCCAGCCCGGGAGCUAAAUCGACGGAAUCUAUCGAAGGUCAAACGACGGAAGAAACGAUCCACGAAACGACUGCAAAACCUGCGGAGGAGGCUACUCAAGGACUUUCGGAGAGACCAAUUCCUGAAGAAAUGCCUGAAACAUCUUCUCCAAAAUCAGAGAUGCAGCCCGAGGAAGAGACCGCCACGAAAGAGGAAGAGGAACAACAACCAGUCACCGAAGAAGCUGCACCGGAGAAGGAACAAACCGAGGGUCCGCAGAAGGAGCAGCCGACCGAGCAGCCAAGUACCGAGAAAGCGAUAGAGGAAGAAAUGAAACCAACGGAAGAAGCUGUGACCAGACUGGAACAAGAACCGAGCGCCACCGAAGUCGUGAUUCCUAAAGAGGAACAGCCGACCGAAGCAGCCGAGAAAUCUACCGAAUCGCCGCAACUCCCGAGCGAAGAGACGGCAACAUCAUCGCCAGAAACACUUCCCGAGGCAGAAGCAACUACGACGAAGAGCUUAGGCGAGGAACAAGUGACGGAGCCAGCCAAGGGAACGGAAACUCCUGCGAUGGUUUCGGAACCGGAACAGAAAGUCACGACGGAAUCGGUCGAAGGAAAGCCAGAGGAAGUUACUACUGAGGCAGAAAUGGUUACUGGGAAACCUGUGUCCGAAGUUCCAAGCACGGAACAAAUUCCUGGCGAGGAAGUAGAGAAGGAAACACCGGUUAGCCCAGCGGAAGAGCAACCCACCGAAGCAACGACUCCCGAGCAUGGCGAGGAACCAGCGUCUACGGAAGGUGAACCUGAAAGAAAACCAGAAUUGGAGGUAUACGAUCACAAGAUGCCCGAAAAACUGCCUGGAAUAGUGCCUAAGAAGGACGACACGAUACCUACGGAAGAGCCAAUGGGUAUGGAGGAACCUGUGGUAACGGAGAAGCAUCUUGAAGAGGAAGAAGCUCCUGAAGUUCCAGAACGGGGUCCAGCCGGCAUUCCUGCCACUGAUCGCGUACCUGAAAGCAAAGCAGAGGAUAAAGAAGCAGUGACUGAACCAAUCCACGUAACGCAAGGCUACGUUGAUAUGAAACCACACGACUUCCACGUACCUGGCAGUCUUGUAACCGAGGCUCCGGAGAAAGUUCCCACCACGUAUCUUCCACCUUCGUCGGAAACAACGGUCGCUCCUAGAAAAGAAGAGGCAGUAUCAGUUGAGGAAGCUACGACAGUUGCAGCACACUUACCAGAAGAGCCUUCUGUUACGGAAGCUCCGGUCGAAGGCGUUCCGUCCGUCACUGAGAUGGGUCAGAUCCCUGUCGUUCAACCAGAAGUGACCGAAGGCGUUCCUGAAAGUACAGAAGUUAGUCCAGGUCUGGAGAUUUCAACGUCUACGCAGCAGAUUCCGCAGGAACAAACUCAACAGACUGAGAAACCUAGUUUACCAGAGGAACAUGUCACCGAGUCAUCGUCUUCCGAAGUUCCGCCGUCGAAAGAAGUUUCCAUUGAAGAAGAGUUGCCAACGAAGGGACUUACCAUUGACGAAUCCGGUGAAACUUCGUCCGAGGAAGUCAGCGAUUCCAGCGAGGAAACAGUGCCUAAAGAAGAAUCGACCGAGGAAGGAAUGGAACCCUCUGAGGCACCGGGUCAGCCACCUAGCGUCGAAGAACAUCCAACGGAACAGCCAGCUGUGGAAGAACAAAGUACAGAGAGUAAAGAGUUAACAACCGAAAUUAGUCCUGUUCCAGAACAGAAACCUACGCCUGAAGAAGAGACGCCUAUGGAACAAGCUACAGCUGCACCAGAAGAAGAGUUGCCAAGCGAGAAACCUAGUCCCGAAGCACCUGAAGAACAAGUGACUCAGAAACCAAUUUCAGGCGAGGAAGAAGCUCCGUCUACCGCUAAGACACCAGAAGUUGAAGAGGAAAGCACGCCGGAAAUGCCUGUUGGCGAAGGUGAGACGAGCGAAAAGCCUGUUACGGAAGAAAUUAUAAAGGAAGUAACCGUUCCGAAAACCGAAGGAGCUCCAGUAACUCCAGAAACAGCAGAGAGUGAGAAACCAACAGAAGGUUCUUUAAUGGUAGAAGUUCACCCAACGGUAGUUCCAGUCGAGGAAACGAAGCCCGAAGAAACAGAAUCUACAGAGCAACCUGCUAUCGAACAGACUGAAGUACCAAUAACCAAAGAAGCAUCUACCGAAAUGGCUCCGGAAGAACAGAAGACCGAAGAACCGAUUCCAAUGAAGGAGGAAGCUCAAACCGGAGGACCUAUCGCUGAAUUACCAUCGACCGAAGAAUCGAUCACUGAAGCAGAAUUGGAGAAAGAAGGAACUCAGGCUCCGCUUGAAGAACAUAAGCCAACCAAGCCUCCUAUUUCCGAGCGUAAAGAAGAUAAGAUGGGCGUAGAAAAACAACCAGAGGAAAUGGAAGGCACUCAGAAACCAUCUCUUGAAGAAGAGACGCCAACUGAAAAGCCUACGGAAGAGGAAGCAGUAACAACAACUGCCGAGAAGGAAGAGAAACCGAUUGAAAAACCGGUCGAGGAAGAGGAAAAACCAACCGAAGAAACGAAACCGAUCGAAGGAGAAGAGUUCACUGAAAGACCCAUUGAAAAGGAAGAACCUGUCGAAGAAGAAAAGCCAACUGAGGGAGUUAGCGAGGAGCCUGUUGAGGUAGAAAAGCCUACGGAAGGACCUACUGAAGAGCAAAAACCAGUCGAGGAAGAACAGGAGACUGAAAGUCCUUUAGAAGAAAAGAAACCUACGGAGGAAGAAAAACCUGUUGAAGAGGAGAAACCAACUGAAAUGCCUACUGAAGAAGGAAAACCUGUUACGGAGGAAAAGCCAACCGAGAUGCCUAUCGAAGAAGAAAUAACUGAAAGGCCCGUUGAAGAGGAGAAGCCUACCGAGGGAGAAAAACCAACUGAAGGACCUAGCGAAGAAGAGAAACCUUCCGAGGAAGGAAAACCAACUGAAGGGCCCAGCGAAGAAGAAAAACCAACGGAAGGACCUGUUGAAGAGCAAAAACCAACUGAGGAGGAGGAGAAGCCGACCGAAGAACCUACUGAAGAAGCAAAACCUGCUGAGGGAAAACUGCCGACGGAAAAAUCUGUUGAAGAAGAGGAGAUGGUAACCGAAAGACCUAGUGAAGAGGAGAAACCAACGCAGCCUAGUGAAGAAGAAAAACCUGCUGAGGAGAAGAAACCAACUGAAAGUCCAAUGGAAGAAGAAAAAUCAACUGCAGAACCUAUGGAAGAGGAGAAACCUGUUGAGGAAGAAAAGCCAACUGAAGGACCAACUGAAGGAGAAAAGCCUAUCGAAGAGGCAGGAGUAACUGAAAAGCCUGCAGAGGAGGAGAAACCAACUGAACAGCCUGUUGAAAAAGAAGGACCAACUGAAGCGCCUGUAGAAGAAGAGAAACCGACUGAAGGAACCAUGGAAGAAAUGAAACCUAUUGAGAAAGAAGAACCCACCGAAGCACCUGUAGAAGAGGAAAAACCAACAGAAGAAUCUAUUGAAGAACAAAAGCCUACUGAAAAAGAAGGAGCAACCGAGGCGCCUGUAGAAGUGGAGAAACCAACUGAAGAAUCUAUUGAAGAACAGAAGCCUACUGAGACGCCUGUGGAAGUGGAGAAACCAACUGAAGAAUCUGUUGAAGAACAAAAGCCUACUGAAAAAGAAGGACCGACCGAAGCACCUGUAGAAGUGGAGAAACCGACUGAAGAAUCUAUUGAAGAACAGAAACCUACUGAAAAAGAAGGGCUAACCGAAAAGCCUGUAGAAGAAGAGAAACCAUCAGAGGGUGAAAAGUCUACUGAGAUGGCCCCAACAGAAAAGCCUAUUGAAGAGGAAAAGAAGACUACAGUUGAGGAAGAGAAGACAACCGAAGGACCUACCGAGGAACAAAAACCAUCUGAAGCUCCGACCGAAAGGCCUGUCGAGGAGGAAAAGCCAACCGAAAAAUCUGUGGAAGAAGAAAAACCAAGCGAAGUCACUCCUGUUCAAGAAAGUGUGAGUCAAGUUCCAGUUUCGGAAGAAAUUUCCACGGAAGGUCCAAUGGUUGAAGAGAAACCAACCGAAGGUGCCGAAUCUGUGCCUACGGAAGUUCCUAGUUUAGGUGAAACUACAAUUGGAGUUAAAGGAGAACCCGAAGCGACGACUGAAAUUGUAAAAGAAACUCCACACGUUUCUACGACGAUUGCUGGUGAAGAAAUUCCAUCCACGGAAGCUCCUGUACCUGAAGAGAAGCAAACAGAGGUUCCCGCUGAAGAAAUAACAACUGAGCCUUCUAAACUGGCUCCAGAACAGCCUGUUGAGGAAGAAAAAUUACCAGAAAGCACUCAGAAACCAGAAGUAUCGUCCGAAGCAUCCACACAAGCGGUUCUACCCGAAGCAUCCACGGAAGCAGUUCAAACUGAAACCUCAACGCAAGCAAUCCCGACUGAAGUAACGAGCGAACAGGAAGGUAAACCAGUAGAAAAAGGUGUCAGUACUGAAGUGCCUGAAGUGUCUUCCACUGAAUCUGCAGUUUCAGAAGCGUUCACCGCAUCUUCCGUAGAAACGGCGUUGCCGGAAGAGGAACAGAAAGUUUCGCUUCCCGAAGAAGUUCAGACAGAAGCAACUCCAUCGAAAGAAGCAGCUAUGACAGAAAUUCCGUUAGUAAAAGAAACAGAAGUUCCAGUUACGCCAGAAAGAGUACCCGAAUUGUCGACUGCAGAACCCACCAAGGAGAAAGAAAUACCAGAAUCUACGCCGUACGCGGAAGAAGUACCGCCGAAGAUAACAACCGAACAAGAAUUCGAACAACCUUCGACGCCUGGAGUAACACCGGAAGAGGAAACAACAUCCAAGUAUCCGGAUCAUGCACCACCUGCAAUUCCAGGAGAAGGCAACUGUCUCAUCGAAGGACAAUCUUACUACAACAACUCCGCUAUUCCUCCAGUGAAUCCCUGUCAACUCCAGUGCCGUUGCAUCAGCAGUAUCGUUCAGUGCGAACUUGUCCAGUGUCCGCCACCUCCGAGUCAUCUAUCGAAUUGUAUGCCUGUACACACGAGCAAAGAUUCCUGUUGUCCGAUGUACACGUGCGACUCGACUCCUACAGCGGUAUUAGAAUCCGAUAACCAUAUGAUCGAACACGAAACGCCUAAAUACGAGACAGAGGAAGAAGAACAGAAGACGGUAACGCCUACAGUUUCCGAAACUCCGGUUCUAGAGUCCACGAAAGAACCUGUUCAAGGUGUUAAGGAAUACGGACAGACUACUGUGCCUGGUUUCACCGAAACGACACCGAAGCCUGUUGAACCCGAACACGUACAACCGACAACGGCUGCAGAAUCGACCAAGGAACCUGAAGAACAUACUGUCGUUUCGGUACCUCCAGUAGAGUCCUCCAGUCAAGCUCCUUCCGAGGAACCGAAAGAAACUCCAGAAGUACCCAGUACAUCGGAAAAGGGCGUGGAAGAACAGGAAGUAACUAAUAUUCCGUCUACCGAACAACCGAUCGAAGGGCAGACGCCUGAGGAGCAAACUUCGAGUCCAGCCACCGGCGAGGAACAAACAGUUGUGACGACGGAGUCGAUCCAAGUGGAACAAACGUCUAUGGGAAUUGAAAAAGAAGCUGCUCCCGCUACGAUGAAAUCCGUGGAAGAAGAGCCAUCGGAAGAAACGCAGAAACCUGUGAUGGGUGAACCCGAAGCAACUGUUUCUCCUGCAAUUCCAGAAGAAGGUGCGGGCAAAGAACCUGAAGUACCAAGUUCGUCCAUGAUGCCAGAGCUUCCAGUAUCGGAAGGUCAACCUCCAUCGGUUACUGAAAGUCAGAAACCGAUAGAAGAAGAGACCACUGCCAGCGUAGAAGUACAGCCCACGCAACCUGAACAAUCGACGCCUGAAAGCGAAUUGCAGACUGUUGAACCGAGCGAGGCAGAGACCGAAGGACCAUCGUCUCCCGCUGUAGAAGUGUCUACUUCGGAACCGAGUGUCAAAGCUGGCGAUGAACCCAAAGUUACUCCGGUAGAACAGGAAGCCAUUCAACCUACGGAAGGCGGAGCGCCUGCAACACCAGAAAUGGAAGGCUCUACGGAAGCUCCGGUAUCGGAAGAAGCAACUGUUCCUGGCAUAAGUAAAGAAGAACCAACUGGUACCGAAGCAGUAGUGAAAGAAGAAACGACGCCAUCCAGCGAAGGUGAGCCAACUACCAAACAACCACUUUCUCCCGAAGAAGAACAAACAGUACCAGUCGAAACUGAACCUUCGACGCCUACUUCUGUAGUUGAGGAACAAACCAAAGAAACACCUGCGGUAGAAGGUGAGGUGAAGGCAACUACAGAAGGCGUUGAAAGGCCCACUGAACUCUCUACGCAGCAACCCGAAAAACUGCCAGAGGAACAAUUACCAAGCUCUACCGAAAUAUCUGAAACUAGCACCGAACUACCAACGAUAUCUUCUGAACCCAAAGAAACAACCGAGCAAGAGAAAGUUAGCGAGAAAACUCCGGUUGAAAUGAAGCCCGAGGAAGGCGCUCCACCUGAAGAACAAACUCCUGAAUCUGUUUCGCCCACCGAAGAAGAAGCUACACCGUCCGUAACUCCUCAAGAAGAAAUCACGGAAGCAACGCCUGAAGCGACUAGCGUAAAAUCGGUUUCAGAAUCAACUCUACCCGAAGAAGCUGAGCAACCUGCGACUGAAAAGGAAUCACCGAUACCUUCUACAGAAGAAUCUGUUACCGUAAGCGUUAAGGAACAACCAAAAGAGCAACCAACAACCGAAUCAUCGACUGCUCCGAUCGAAGGCGAAGUGUCUGAAAGUACAACACCAAGCGAACACGAAGCUCCAAAACCAACGAUUCCAGAACAAGUAACGGAGAAACAAGAACAAAUGACGGAGGAGCCUGAUAUUUCUUUGAAGGAAGGAACGGAAGAACCGAUAAUACCAACCGAAGAAGUAAGUACUGUACCAGCUGUUACCGUGGAAGAGCAGAAACCUGAAGAAGAAACUCAGAAACCGAGCGUAGAAGAGGGUAUCGCAUCUACGGAACCAACCAAGAUUGCUCCACAAGGCGAAGAAGUUACUGCAGCAGGCGAAGAACAACCUGGUGAAUCAAGUACGCCAGCCGUUGAAGUCAGUUCAACGUCAAUACCUCAAAGUACCUCAGUCAUACCUCAGAAAGAAACGGAAGAACAGAAACCUGGCGUGGAAGGUGAAGGCGUAUCCGAAGAGCCAUCGAUGGGAGAGAAACCAUUGGAGGAUGGCAUGCCAGGAACAACGCAACAAACCGAAGAACCGUCUCUGGAAAAAGAAACAGUACAGCCACCGAUGCAAGAAGAGAAAGGAGAAGUUGAAGUUCAAACGACUCCAGCAGUAGAGACUGAGGAAACGGUUGAACCUGUAUCUAAGAUACCAGCUGAAGUCAGUCCAACCGAAGUACCGGAGAAAAUACUUCCUAGCGAAGCACCGAAACCAGAGCUUCCUGAAGUGCCAGAAAAAGUACUUCCAACCGAGGUGCCUGUAAAAACUACCGAUGUUCCUGAAAAAAUAGCUCCUGUUACGGAUGUUCCAGAAAAAGAGCUUCCUGUACCAGUAGCACCAGAGAAAGAAAUUCCAGUCGAAACCCCUGAGAAAGAACUGACCACUGAAGUUCCUGAGAAAGUAACUCCUGCUGAAGAAAUUCCUGAGACUGUAACUCCUGUCGAAGAAGUUCCAGAGAAAGAGCUUCCAUCUCAAGUGCCAGAAAAAGCAACUACUACAGAGCUUCCAAGUGAAAUUCCUGAACAUAUUCUUCCUGGCAAAAUGCCCGAAAAGGAUAUUUCUGAAGAAGAGAAGUCUACAGAAGUACCUGAGAAAGUUCUUCCUGAAGAAGAAAUUCCUUCUGAAGAGAUGCCUUCUGUAACGGAGAAAGUUCUCCCUCAGGAAGAGGUGCCUUCUGUAACGGAGAAAGUUCUUCCCGAAGAAGAGGUGCCCUCUGUAACAGAGAAAGUUCUUCCUGAAGAAGAGAUGCCUUCUGUAACCGAGAAAGUUCUCCCUGAAGAAGAGAAGCCUGCCGAAGUUACAGAGAAAGCUCUUCCUGAAGAAGAGAUGCCUUCUGUAACCGAGAAAGUUCUCCCUGAAGAAGAGAAGCCUGCCGAAGUUACAGAGAAAGUUCUUCCAGAAGAGAAGCCUGUCGAAGUAACAGAGGGUCUUCCCGAAGAAGAGAAACCUGUGGAAGGUGAGCAACAAACAUCGCUACCCGAAGAAGAAGUAGAAACUCCGCAAACUACAGAAAGUAUAGUACUCAAAGAAGCUACACCAAGUGCAACCGAGCCUCCUCAAGUUGAAGAAAAAUCGACCAAAGCUCCAAUGAUCAGCGAAGAAGAAUUAGCACAGCCAAGUACAUCCGCGCCUGAAAUUGAAGCGACUAGUUCUCACGAACAACCUUCUUUGGCCGAAUCCACGGAAACUCCGAUUGCGCCUGAGGAGCAGGAACUUCCAACAAAGACGACUCUACCGAGCCGACCAUCGGAAGAGACUCAACCUUCGACGGAAUCGGCGCCCGAAGCAUCGACAGAAGCCGGAAUAGAGAAACGUCCAGAAGUCGAGACAACGCCCGAAGAGUACACGACCAAGGCAUCGACGGAACAGCCUCAAGAAAAGAGUACCGUAGAACCAGUAAUUCCUGAAGAACAUAAAGAGGAAGGUGUAUCGAUGGCACCUGGAGAAGGUCAACAGGUAACCGAAGCACCUGCAGAGGAACAAGCCACGAAAACCGAAGAAGCGCUUCCAACGGAACCGUCGGUGGAAGAACCGGAGGAAGGAGAAGAAGGUUUGCCGCAUCACGGUGAACCAACGUUACCAGAAUCUGCUUCGACUACCGAGAAGGUGGAACCUGUCGAGGGUGAGGUCGAGGAGCCUCUUCAGCCAGUAAACGACACGUACGGAACAGCCGAACAACCUGGCUAUCACAAAGGAUCCACGAGCACUCUAGCUCCACAGAUACCCGAGUAUCCCGAUCAGUCCGUGUCCGGGGAGGACUACGACGAAGACGAUCAGGCUAUCUACGGGCCAGGCACUUGCAGAUACGGGGGCAAGGUUUACGUGUCCGCUCAACAGAUACCGAGGGACGAUCCGUGCGACUUCUGCUUCUGCUUCAGAAGCGACAUCAUCUGUCUUCAGCAGAGCUGCCCGCCACCGAUUCCGGGCUGCCACGAGGAACCGAUCAGCGGUUUCUGUUGUCCUAGAUACGAGUGCCCGGUAUCGAUGGCCACGUCGCUCAACAUAACCACGACCACGACGACGACCACGACCACGUUACCGCCGCACUUCCACGCCCACGCGUACAAAGGUGCCGCGAAACGAAGCGGCUGCCAAAUCCGCGGCCAAGCGUACCGCGUUGGAGAAGUCAUUAGGUCCGCGUCGGGACCUUGUCUUCAAUGCACCUGCGGAGGCGACGGUAACAUGAAAUGCGACCCCAGGGUGUGCAGUCCAGAGCCAAUGCUGAGGCAGAUGAUCGCAGCAGCCACAGCCAGAAGGAGGAGAUGAGCCGGCCAACACGACCCCGGUGAUCCGGCAAAGAAUCGUACAUACGAGGAAGAAGUCUAGAGGAGGAUCAGUGUUGUAUAAAAGUGAAUUUAAAAAUAUUCUAAACUAUCUAAAUGUCGCGAAACACAGACAAUAAUGUGCUUCGGCGAUCACGAACUGAGUGGCCAAAACGUAAACGUUUAUAUUAUAAUAUUAUAUUAUGUUAUAUACAAAAAAUGAGAGAGAGAGAGAGAGAGAGAGAGAACGAGAGCGAGAGUAGUAGAGGAUAAGAUGAAAACGAAAGGGACUAAAAAUGGGAUUUAGCUACGUAAAAAGUAAGGCUCGUUUCUGGUGCCAAACGUGAAACGGAAAUGAAGCAAACCGGUGGAACGGGAAUGGGAGAGUGGACGAUACUUCGUGAUAGUUCCACGUCUCACGCCAUUUUUUGCGAGUAAACGAUGGUUAUGGUGAAAAAGGAAAAAAAAAAUGAAAGAUAUUGCCGAACGUACGAGACUUAUGACUGUGCCUUCGUCAGUGCUGACAACAGCGGCACUACUUUCGUUCCGUGGCAGCCAAGCGGCGCUUGAUCAUAGCCGCGCGACGAUCAUCGUCGUUCGAGUGACAGCCUCGGGGAAUCGAUCGUCGUUAGGUCUAAAAAUAUGGUGACGGGAAACAAAUGAUAAUCGCGUUUCGGCAAAAACGUAACCAAAAAAAAAGAAAAAAAUAAAUAAACAAAAAAAGAAAACGAAAAACGCAUGAUUUGGUAAGCGUCGAACGAUUUCUUGUACAGUGGCAUUGUAACAGCGAUCGAGGAUCAAGCUCCCUCGAUAAGAACCGCCUGCGAGAACGUGUCGCUCUUGCGAUACCACUGUAGAGACUCGAACAACAAUGAUCUAUAGACGGGUAAUCCGCUGCACGAUCAAGGUAGACCCGGAUCGUUUUUUUUGGCUGGCACGUGUCGUGCGCCAAACGAUCAGUCCACAUUUACUCACGUUUGCUGACGUUCACGCGUGCUCGAACGCGAUCGGGACAACAAAACCGCGACAAACAAUGCAAUCUUUCUUUCAAAUAUUUUAUUUUUGUCUACGCACUCGAAAUCCGCAAGUUUUACAGCCGUCUUCCUGCCUUCGCGAGCGCAACAAACACGAGUAAUCUCGGGUUCUUAUCGACGAGCGAACGAACCCCGGUGCAAUAAACGAUUCGCGUUCGAGUGUGCGCGCACGUGCGUGCGUGCGUGCGUUCGCGUGUGUGUACGUGUGUGUGCAUGGUACAUUUAUGUGUUUAAAAGAUUAAAGAAAGACACGACGAAAGGUACGCGUAUCUCAAAGCUCAAACAGCGGCUCGCGCGGAGGACCGAUUGCGAAUUUGCUUCUCCGGCGAGCUGGCCUCAUUAUAUAUAUAUAUACA